AUGCUGGACGAUGACCAUCUAUCAAACGUACUCGUCAAUCGUUACCUCAAGUCAUCGAUAGACCCGACACCAGCCCUAGACACCCAGGACAUCAUCCAGGAACUCAGCUCAUGGGUACAGCAAGAAACACAGAAAAACCUACUACUCGUCAUCCAGGCUGCCCGUGUGGGUCUCACUUCGGAAUCCAACCCGACUCGUGCCUCCGCAAACAGGCUGUUGGCUGAACUCGUCGACACGCUGAUCGACUCCAAAUCGCUCUCAAAACAUCAAGUCAAUCUUCUCGUCGAAUUCUUUGCGGAAAAGCUGGGCGAUGGACCAUCGAUCGUCGUCGAAGCAUUGGCUGGCCUGAGGUCAUUGUCCAAAGCAGACACUUUUCAGGCCGAACAUGCCAUCAAAUGUUGUAAUGCCCUCUUCCAACAUCUCACCAUCCGCGAUCUCGAGCAGCCAAAAAGAUUAGCAGUCCUCAUGUUGGUUGACAAUCUCUUGGCUUAUCAUCGUGAUGCUUUGAAAAGUAUGGGGUCCGGGUUUCUAUCUGGCUAUUGCACCUUGGUGGAGGGUGAAAAAGAUCCAAGGAAUCUGGUCGUCGCUUUCAAGCUGGCCAAAGUGAUCUUGACUGAAUUCGACUUGGGCGAUCAAACAGAGAGCUUGUUCGACAUCACCUUUUGUUAUUUUCCGAUCACCUUCAGACCACCACCCGGAAAUCCCGACGCCUACGGGGGAAUCACCGCCGAGGAACUAACUCAAGGCUUGAUCGACUGUCUCUCAGCUACACCGCAGUUCGGAAUCUUGGUCUUGCCUCUCUUAUUAGAAAAAUUUCAAGCGCCAGGAUUAGGGCCCAAGUCCCAAGUUUUGCAAACGGUCAUUCAAGCCUUUCCAAUUUACGGUCAAGUGGCUGUGGCAGAGUUUGCUUCCCUAUUUUGGGAAUCAUUCCUUGUCGAAAUUUUCCAACCGAACACGUCUCCCAGCCAAGACUUUUUACGAUUUCUAGAACGUGGCUGCCAAACUCUUUUCUCAACCGUGUUCCCUGCUGUGGUCGAAUUUUCUCCCAGUGGCCCACUUGAUUUCAUCAAGCAAGCUCUAGAAGUCGUCAUGAAAGAGUUGCAUUCCCCUGAAAAAUCUAGGGCCGUUCCGGCCACUCGCCUGGUCCGUUGGAUCGUUGAGAGUGAUGCAAAUGUCACUGAUGUGAUAUUACCAACCAUUCACACGAGCGUGGGUACACUGCUACAUCUCUGGAAGGAACCCACAACUUCAACCACCGAUGAAGUCUUACUAAAACGAACCAGUAUACUCGGCCAUCUAAGCACGAUAUUUAACUCAAUAGGACUCGCCACCAGAAGCCGAGUUACUCCAACACAUCUUUCAACUUCACAAUGGCUUACGAGCUCUAUCCGCCAUGAAACGCUUACGAUAUUAAUGAAAGAGGUCCUGGAAAACACCCUGUCCAUAGAUCCUUCGCUUCAGGUUGCAGCCCUGCGAACUCUUGUCAAUUUUGUUGGCAUUCCUGAUACACUUCAGAUGCAGGAAGCAAGGGAUGUGAUUGGCACUGUGACUCGUUUACUAAUUAGUAGUGAUGAUAAUGAAGUAACCAAUGCUGUCAUUGAUAAUCUUUCGAUCAUAGCAGACUCUCAUCCAGCUGAUGUGGCUACGGUCACCCUCCCUGAACUUUUCUCGCAAUUACCGAGCACCAACUGCGCCCCCUCCGAGGAAAUAUCUACAUCGAAGUCAUAUGUUACCUCCGCUAAAUAUAUUAAAAUUUUGGACGGCCUGGCAACCCUGUGUGAUCGAGCAACCCUCUUUGACCCUUUCCUAAUCCAAAUGUUGGACGCGCUUGAGUCCAGCUGCCAUGCCGCCUUUCAAGCAUCAGUCAAUGAAUUUUUAUCUCGUGGAAAUCAAUUCAACCAGUCAUUUGAUUAUCACGCCUACGGUCGUGAUCUCCUCAUGUGCCUCCAUACCGUCAUACAAUCUAAGAUCGAUUCAUGCAGUAGCACCCUCAAAGGUCCUUCAUCUGACAUGGAAGAAGGCGCUAUCACGGCGACGCAGGCACGUGGUAUCAUCGGUAGAUUAUUCGAGAUUCUUAUCUGUGAAGGACAGGCGCCAGCCGACGGAAGCGACGAAUCUUUAAAGGCCGGGCAGGAUUGUAAUCCUAGUGUGUUUCGCGAGCGUUGUACAAUUCGCAAUGAUAAGCGGAUAGUCAUCAACGCUAGUCGGAUAGUCAACUUACUGAUUGGUCAGCUUGAUUUCCAACAGCAGCAAGAUGUCAUCAACAAACUACACAGAUGCUACAACCUGGGGAACGUAACGGAAGUAGUUGCAGAAUCUCGGAACCUUCCAUCUGCAUCUUCAACCACUCGGUCUUUCAAAAGCGAAGCGGGCUUUUCGCCCAUGUCUGUUGAUGCAUCAGACCCGGAUAAGAACAUGCUGGCUCUCUAUGCAGAAGCCUUGAUCGCCAUCAGACCCAGAAUAAAUGUGCCCGACGAAGCUCUUUCUACCUCUGAUUUCUACACUUUCAGGUACUAUAAUCACAUUUGCCAGACCGGCUCUUCCAAUCUGGUGGCCCUUCAGGCCAGUCUCAGAUUGCUGUGUUCAACGGUCAACAGGCGCGCAGAAGACUUCGAAGGAUUCUUUGGGGAGCAGCUCGAUCAGUUUUGGGCGUCUGAAAUCGAGACCGGUCGGCUUACUCGGGCGCGAUCGAGGAAGCUUGCGAUCGUGACGUGGAUCUGGAUCGUUAAGGGCUUGGUGGUCCGAUCUGAUCCAAGGGGUUACAUCAUGCUGGACCGAUUAUGCGGCUUGCUGAAGGAGGACAACGAUCUUGGAUGCUGGAUCGCGAAACGCUUGACAAUCGUUGUUGAUCAGAAGGACGAGACUAUCAGUCCCAAAAACUUUUCAGUCAUCAAGUUUCUCUCGAUGCAACGCGCUUGCCACUACCUGAUAAGUCGCCUGGUCCAUGAUUAUGCUACGUCAAACGAAGAUUGCCGCUCGGUUUAUCUUGUUGGAUUGACUACUCUACUUGCACGAGUAGGUUCCUCAGUCAACUCCUUACAGUAUGAAAAGAUCAUACCUCUGUUACUCGAGGCGUUGAAGCUGUCUGACUUAGAUAUCAAGUUAGAUAGCUUGGUGACCAUCCAUGACUUGAUUGACAAUGAUAAGCGAGGGACAGUCUUCGAGAAUCACCUAUCGUCCCUAGUAUCAGCAUUGUUGCUCAACUGUACCUUUGGAAGGGGUGAAAUCAAUGCGCAAAACGAUUCUAUGAAACCUCAUAACUCGGCGGCAUCAGCAGCGAUGACAUCUGCCUCGGUCCGGCUGUUCGCACUGAAGAUCCUGGCGCUUCUGCCGAGCAAAGCCGGCCACCGAUCGUCCCUUAACUCCGACACCUCCCCGCCACCGGCCGGCCAGUCCUCCAGCGCUGCCAAGGGCGUCCUACUGGGUCAACGGAACAAGGUCCUUCUCGCCCUGUCCAGUGCACUCGACGACCCUAAACGCGACGUCAGGAAGAUCGCCGUCGAUUGUCGCGCCCAUUGGUUCUCUCUUAACUUGACUUGA